CACGCCAAUUUUAUUUUUAUUGGAUGAAAAAUUUAAUCAUUCUCCAUAAUUUUAAAUGAAUCGAGUUGCAUUGUAUUGUUUAGCAUUCGUAGAAGCACGAAAUUUUUCGCACAAUGAAUAAAUUCAUCGCUUUUGAGCAAAGCGUUGAUGUUUAAAAUUCCGAAGAAUGUUUGUUUGCUUGUUUAUCUUCUUUGAUUGAAUUUUUUUUGGAUAAUAUCUAAGUGCAUUGCCUUUUCAAUUCCGAAACCUGCCUUUAAUUUGUGAGUCGACUGUGUUUUUUUUUGUUUUUUUAUUUUUUUAUUUUUUGUGAUAGUGUAUGUACAGUAGCAUUGAUCGACUUUUGUUAAUGUACGGUAUAAUUUGAUAAUAUGUGUUCUUUCCUUAAUGAAUGUUAGUUUAUUAUUGUUCACUACUAAUUUUUUCAGGAAUUUCUGUAACUUGAGGAUUAUUUUUCAUUUUCUGAGUAAUAGUGUGCUCAGCAUCUUUUUCCGUGGUAAUAUUUGUAUGCUUAAUGUAUUAUUCAGUAAUUUGAGAAAGAAUAUCGAAUUUCUGGAAAGCUGAAAUGUCAGUCUCACAAUGUGCUUCUUUGCGAUUUUCUUCAAAACUUGGAAGUUCAGACUUGAAUGUGCCUUUAUGCCAAAUCUGGAUAGUUCUAAAAUUUGGUAUUCUUAAAGAGAUUUAUUGGGCUGUGGGCGAUACGAGAAUUGAAUUAGUUUGCAGCAGUUGCAUAUCAUUUUCUCAUACCAAAAGGAUUUACCAACAUUAUUCUUAUGGCAGUGUGAUGACGUUGCGUAGACAAGCUGGAGAGUAAAAACUAACUCUUUGAUCACUUCUGUUAGAUCUAAACAAUUAAGGUUCUUUAUUUCAUCUUAUGCUGGAAGGAUGAAGAUGGAAGCACCUCCAACAGUUUUGUUUACUGAUGAUGAUAGAAAGAACCUGGAGCAGUUGCUUGAUGUCUUUGGACGUGUUGUCUCUCUUGAUGACAUUGCUGCAGCUUAUUGUAAAGCAGGUCGGGAUCCAAUUAUUGCAGGUGAUAUACUUGGAGAUCUGCAAGCUAGCACCUCUAUAACUACUACCUCUGCAUCAGAAGAAAAAAUAGAGGAUUCUUGGACAUUGACUUCUGAAUCCGAAUUUGAGGAAGUAGGAGAUUCCGUGACAUUAACUUCUGAAUCUGAAUCUGCAUCUGAUAUUCAUGCCAAGAGAGCCGGUCCCAGUUCAUCUAAGCAAAAAAAGUUAUCAGUGUCUAUGGGGACUGUCUCAAGCAUGAUCCCUAGAGACUAUGUGACAAAUAGGCCACUCAUUCCAGAAACUUCUACGAGAAUUAAGCCACUGAAAUUAAGUGUGGAUGAUUUUUUUACCCCAGAGAUAAGGGAUGAGAAAGCUCCAUUAGGUGCUGCCGCUAUGAGUGAAACCCUGCCAGGCAGUGUUGAGGAGUUCCUCUUCAAAAUGCUCGGAGAUGGAUUCUCUCUUGACAUGAGUGUAAUUGAAGAUGUUGUGGGCCAGUGCGGCUAUGAUCUAAAUAAGAGUAUGGAUAAGCUGCUAGAUUUGUCAGCAUCAACUUUGGGAAAGAGUGAUGAUAUUUUAGACAUAGGUGUUCAGAAAUCCGUGGAGAGUCCAGAUUUUGCAUCAGUUGCAUCGCAAGAGACACCCUCAAUGCCAGAUCCAACCAGCCGUUCCAAAGCAAAGAAUAUGACUAAAAAUGGGCUCAACUUAUCUAAGAAGGAGAAGGACAGGUAUGAGCUUCAGAAGGAAGUUCUACAGACAUUGUUUAAUGUGCCUGCAAGACAUGAUGAUGUGGAUGACGUGAUUCGUCAUGUGAGGGAAGUUGAAAAGUCUAGGCGAUUAAGCCAGUUUGUAGUGAAACCAUUACAGGAGACUGUAGAACGCCAGAUUCUUAUCAGGACACCACAGAGUGAUGCAAAAAAUGGUGAGGAGAAUGAAGAAAGCUACGAAGUUCUCCGAAAAGCUGUAAAGGAGUAUUGGAUUACAAUGAAAGAGUACUAUAAAGCAGCUGCUGAAGCAUUUCAAAAAGGAGAUCAUGUCAAGGCAUGCAGAUUCCUGGAAGAGGGAAACUUUUUCAUGACAAAGGCCCGAGAGACUGAUGAACAAUCCGCUCAAAAGCUUCUUGAAAUCAGUUACAGCAAAGAAAUUGUGACUGUCGAUCUUCACGAUUUUGAGCCAAAGGAAGCAGUGCGCUGUCUCAAAAUUCAGUUGACAUCUCUUUGUGGCAUCUCCUCUAUUCAAUAUCUCAAAAUCAUAGUUGGGAUCACCAAUGAAGAAGCCAAAGGUCUUCGGAAGCGUGUGAUAAUCAAACUUUUGGAGAGGGCCUCGAUAGCAUGGACGGAAGAAGAUAAUGGCAAAGCAAUUGUGAUAAAAGCAGAUGAAAUAGAUCCAAGGAAACUGACUUUUGCUAAAAAAUCAACUGUCUGAGCCUGAAAUACUUCCGCAUUUUUUGCGUAGACAGGAAACAACCAAAUUGGUCUUAUAGCCCCUUUUUGCUGGCAGAAAGACUUCAAAGGAAUCCUUAAAUUUUCUGUUCCUCUUAAUUCUCAACCAAUAAAGUUCUGCUUUGGCACCGUUUACUCAGACUAAUGUUUUGCUCAUUGAUAUCACGAGUAGAUUAACCAA